GGCUGGAUGGCGCUGUCUGCUGUCUUUCACCAUCCUUUUCCUGGCGUGUGUGUGUGGAUUCAUCUCCAGACUGUUCGCGGUGAUCCGCUUCGAGAGCCUCAUCCAUGAGUUUGAUCCGUGGUUUAAUUACAGAUCCACCCAUCAUCUGACCACCAGCGGUUUCUACGAGUUCCUCAACUGGUUUGACGAGAGAGCCUGGUAUCCUCUGGGGCGAAUCGUUGGAGGAACGGUCUAUCCUGGUCUGAUGGUGACCGCAGGUCUGAUUCACUACAUCCUGAACCUCGUCCACCUGAGCGUCCACAUCCGGGACGUCUGCGUGUUCCUGGCGCCGGUCUUCAGCGCUCUGACUGCGAUCGCCACCUUCCUGCUGACGCGGGAGCUGUGGAGUCAGGGGGCGGGGCUUCUGUCCGCCUGCUUCAUAGCCAUCGUGCCCGGAUACAUCUCGCGCUCGGUGGCCGGGUCCUUCGAUAACGAGGCCGUCGCCAUAUUCGCCCUGCAGUUCACCUACUUCCUGUGGGUGAAGUCGAUCAAAACUGGAUCAGUGUUCUGGACCGUCGGAUGUUGCCUCUCGUAUUUCUACAUGGUGUCGGCGUGGGGCGGUUACGUCUUCAUCAUUAAUCUGAUUCCUCUUCACGUGUUCGUUCUGUUGUUGAUGCGGCGCUUCAGUAACAGAGUUUACAUCGCGUACAGCACGUUCUACAUCAUUGGUCUGAUUCUGUCUAUGCAGAUUCCUUUUGUUGGGUUUCAGCCAAUCAGAACCAGCGAACACAUGGCAGCAGCUGGUGUGUUCGUGCUCGUGCAGCUCUACUCGUUCCUGCAGUUCCUGCGAGACAGACUGACGCUGCAGGACAAACAGACUCUGUUUUCUGUCUGCGUUUGUGUCGCUGCGCUGCUGCUGUUUGUGUGUGUCGUUUACCUCAGCGGCAUCGGUUGGAUCGCUCCGUGGAGCGGACGCUUUUAUUCACUCUGGGACACGGGCUAUGCUAAGAUUCAUAUUCCAAUCAUCGCGUCGGUAUCGGAGCAUCAGCCCACCACCUGGGUUUCCUUCUUCUUUGAUCUUCACAUCCUGGUCUGCACCUUCCCAGCGGGCCUGUGGUUCUGCAUCAGAAACAUCAGCGCUGAGCGCGUGUUCGUGGUUCUGUACGGCAUCAGCGCGGUGUAUUUCGCCGGUGUGAUGGUGCGGCUCAUGCUGACUCUGACGCCGGUGGUGUGCGUUCUGUCGGCCGUGUGUUUCUCCAGCGUGUUUGAGCGCUAUCUGAGCGACGAGCUCAAGCAGGACGAUCCUCCGGCUGAAGACGCUGCUGACGAUGACGACAGGAGGAACUCUGGGAGUCUCUAUGAUAAGGCUGGUAAACUGCGAAAGCAUCACGUGUGUGAAGAGGGUUUGGGUUCAAACAUCAGGAGUCUGGUGAUGGUCCUGCUGCUGCUGCUGUUGCUGAUGUUCACUGUUCACUGCACGUGGGUCACCAGUAACGCUUAUUCCAGUCCCAGUGUCGUGCUGGCAUCACACAACCACGACGGCUCACGCAGCAUCCUGGAUGAUUUCAGAGAGGCGUACUAUUGGCUGCGGCUCAAUACUGAUCAACACGCGCACGUCAUGAGCUGGUGGGAUUAUGGGUAUCAGAUCGCAGGCAUGGCCAACAGAACCACGCUAGUGGACAACAACACCUGGAACAACAGCCACAUCGCGCUGGUGGGCAAAGCCAUGGCGUCCAAUGAGAGUGCGGCGUAUGACAUCAUGAGGCUGCUGGAUGUGGACUAUGUGCUGAUCAUCUUCGGAGGGGUGAUCGGAUACUCGGGCGACGACAUCAACAAGUUCCUGUGGAUGGUGAGGAUCGCCGAGGGAGAACAUCCCAGAGACGUGCGGGAGAGUGAUUUCUUCACACCGCAGGGAGAGUUCAGGGUGGAUAAAGCCGCGUCUCCAGCGCUGCUCAACUCUCUGAUGUAUAAGAUGUCCUACUAUCGCUUUGGAGAAAUGCAGCUGGACUUCAGAACUCCUCCAGGAUUCGACCGAACGCGAAACGCCGAGAUCGGAAACAAAGACGUGAAGCUGAAGCACCUGGAGGAAGCGUUCACCUCCGAGCACUGGCUCGUCCGGAUAUAUAAAGUCAAAGAUCUGGACAACCGACAGCCGCUGGAGCGCAAACCUCGAGUCACAAAACACAAUCAUAAUCAUACACACAAACUCUCCUCCAGAAAGGGCAGCAGGAGGAAACGAGGAUUCAUUAAAAACAAACUUGUUCUGAAGAAAGGCAGAAGAUUGAAGCGCAAACAGAAGCGAACGAGACUAGACUGAACAGAACCGGAUCAGUGAAGAUGAAGACUGACUGUUUGAUGCUCUAACGCUGGCUAUUACUGUUUCAUACUUGAAUAUGUGUUUGAUAUGAACGGGAAUAACAGGUUUUUUUAAUGACAAAGAGAAUGAAGAUGUUGAACCAAAGAUCUCAUAUUCUCCUUGAAUGAAACAUUUACACUUAAAAAAAAUACAAUUUUCAUUAAAAAAUGCCAAAAUUUAACAUUUAUCUAUUGAAAUUGCAUAUAAAAUUUUAACUUCUUUAUUUAAUUAAAUUAUUAAUUAAAUUAAAUGUAUUUAUUAGUUUAGCGGUUUUAACUUAAACUAAUAAACUUAAUGUGAUUCAUAUUUGUUGUGUCAUACAAAAAUCUUUUAUUUAAAAUUUUCAAAAUGCAUUCAUUCGAAUUGCUUAAAUCUGUUCAAAAUUAAACUUUAAAAAUAAACUUAUUCAGUUAAAAGUAUGAAUAUGAUUAUAACAUGGCUAGCUGUGGAACAAAAAAUAUUCGGCUUGAGAUUGAAAGAAAUCAGAUUGAUUUAUGACAAAUGUAUAAACUUGAUUAUUGUGUAUUUACAACACAUUCAGUUUAUUAGAACUGUUACAUAAAUCUGACUUGUUUCAUUUAUGUAUGACUGACAAAUAUUCAUCACAGUAAGUUUAUUAGUUAUGCUGAAGCUGUAUAAUCCAAAUGAAUUAAAAUGUUAUAUGCAAUUCAAUUACAUAAAUCUUAAAUUUAGGACUAAAUAUUUUAAGUGUAUGUAUAGUGAACGUAUUUUUAAGUAUUCUUGUGUUAAAGUGAUUUUUGAAAGGGUUCUGAUAUUUUUCUAUUUAAUGAUUAGGGAGAGUGGGGACGAAAGUAACAAAGCGAUCCUCUCAGAGCCCUGACUACAUUUGUUUUCCAAGCUAUGACAACACAUUCAGCUCGCAACCCUUGACGGAGCUGAGAAAUAUCACAUGAUUUCGUCAUCGUUUCCCACGGUUUAGUCCGGAAAGCAGUUUUCGAGUACAAUAAGUAAAUUACUGAAGCAGUACAUUUUUCAAAUUAGUUGUGUUGUGUUUCUCGUUUCAUGUGUCACAGUAAUGAUCAAUCUAGUGCUGUAACACAUCCUGAAGUUUGGCUUUUCGGAGUUUUUCGGUAUAAAAGUAAAUUGGGUUUAAAUGACCCGCUACAGUGACAACAACUGUUUCUUUUGUCCCACUGCAGGCUAAUGUGGUGACUUUCUGUGUCUUGCAUCAUUUAUUAAAACUUGUUUAUGUCAUAUUAUACCAAAAGAAUAUGGCGAGAGUGAGGGUCAGAAAGACAGCCAGAGCCAGAUGUUCAUGAGAGGGCGUUUCUGGACAUAGCCCUAUCUGUCAGGAACAUCAGUCUCAAGGCAGCUGCUACCUCGCAUUUACCUUAGUCAUAUUUAGGUUUCAGCCAUACCUUAGCUUUUCCACCUCCACCUAUGAAUUUGCAGUGUUUCCAGAUGUUUUUAUGCACAUUUUGAAUUUAUGCAUAAAAACAACUGGAUGGAAAUAUGAAUAGGCCUACUGUACAUCAUAUUACGCUAAUUUAAUUUUCAUAUUGUUCAUUCUGUUAAAAAAAUGUUUUAUACAAAUUAAUUGAAUAAAUAUUUUAAACAAUUCAUGUUUGUACAGUCGGGUUUUGAAACAUUUGAUGAAACUUACAUUUAAAAUGAAAAUGUAAUUUAAGAAUUUUUUUUGCAAAGAUAAAGGACAAAAUAUGUUUGCAGUUAUGUAUUUACAAGGUCAUAGUCAGGUAUAUUUAAUAAAAACAAGAGUAACACAAAAAAUCUAGCUUGUAUUGUUGUGUUACUUUUGUCCCAACCGACAAUGUACAACUUAUGUUCAAAGUGAAAUUAUACUGAAGUCUUUCUACAUUUGUAUAAAAUGCCACCUGGUAUGGAUAGACCACAUUUCUUGUUGGUCACAGCAAAAAUAAAUCUCUGUCUACAACAUUAUCUUUUUUAAUUAUGUUUUUCUGAAAAACGGUACUUUGGUCCCACUCUCCCCCUGAGUUUUAGGUUAUUUUUGAACAAUGAAACAAUGAUGCAGUAAUUAUCAGUGCUUUUUGUCGUGUGUGAAUGGAUUUUCUUUUUGUGAUAAAUGUACAACAAGAAUGUUUUUACAUGUAAUUCAUAACACAGAUUUUAUAGUACUGUUUUGUAUGCAAAAAUAAAUGAAAAUCUCUUAUUACUGCAGCUGCUGAUCUCACUGUCUCUCCUCAGACUUGAAAUCAUGUUUGUGUGGAUUUCUACUGUCUCUCAAUUCUGUACUGAUUUAAUUGUAUUUGUCAAUAAAAGUGUGUCUGUGUUUCUGUUAAUACAUGACAAUUGUGUUGUAAUUAGUGCUGUCAGACGAUUAAGCGCAUCCAAAAUAAACGUUUUUGUUC